UAUACAUACACAUAUAAAUGUACAUAUGCAUAUACAUUGUGUAGUCUAUGUGUAAAAUAGGCAUCUAGACUAGGUUUGCAUAAGCAUACUAUAUGAUGUCUGAAAAACAAAAUCUCUGGGUUAAGUGAAGCAUGACUGUACUAUCAAAACCAAUCUCAGAACACAGUGAUCUUGCUUUAGGGAUGUGUCCAAUGUAUUUAGAUGCAUUAUUAUUUGUGCGUUAUGUCUAAACCUCCAUUAUUACAAAAUAAGCAAAGUCUUAACAUUCACUGACCUUUAAAGAAACAGGAUGAGGAUGAUGAAAAUUCUCAUACAAGCAUGCUGUGCUUGGCUACUUCGUUGACAGUCUGUCUUUUUCUUGUUUGCAAUCUUUUAAUUACUGCCUAUUUUUUCUAGGUGAUGAAUCCUCUUUGAGGGAGUAGAAACAAAAUCAAUGGCUGAUGUUGCAGUUAAAACUCAGCUAGGUUGGGCUGGGAAUUUAGCUCAGCGGCAUAAGCGCCUGCCUUGCAAGUGCGUGGUCGUGAGUUAGAUCCCAGGUACCGGUGUAAAAAACAAAACCAGGGUAAGUGUACAUGGUAUAUCUAUCUGCUUGAUUUUUAGUAACCUGAGCAACAAGGCUUUUGCGAAGUAUUCAGUACUUCAUGCUGUCAUUUUCAUUAAUAAGUAGCUAUCAGCAGUUUGAGUAUUGUACUAGUACUGCUCGGCAUCAUUUGAUUACUUUCCAGGGGCUAUCCAUUUUCUUCAGUAAUAAUUAGCUCUUUUACUGGGAAACCGUGAAUGUUUUCUUUGGUUCUUGGAAGAGCUACAUUUUGGAUCUCAUAUAAUUUUCAAAAGUGAAAGAUGUGGAGUGUGAAUGAAUCACCAUUUAGUCACAGAGCAAUCACCCUACUGUGUUGCACAGUAGGUCAUCGAUAAUCGAAUAAGUUAUGAAGAAAAAGUCACUUGUAAAGGCAGUCAGCUUUCCAUAAAAGUGUGCACUAGGGUAUCUCAAAAAUACUUUUUAAACUAAGUCCUUCGUGUUGACUACUUUUGGACCAGGAUAAAAAUUUUACCCACACCUUUCAUAGUGAUUUGAAACCAGUGCUUCCACUGACCUCUAUGUCCAAUGAUCUGUCCAAGAAUCUUUUCUCUCUUCUCAAUAACGAUCAACUGCCUGCUGCUCUCAGCCACAGGUAGCCUGGGGCAAAGGGCAAGAGGUAGGACUACAAGCCACCCCUGCAUCAUUUCUCUUCUACGUUAGCAGUCGCCAAGACUCCUGGCAUUCCCCCGCUGUCAGCGCCAACGUAAAAUAAGCACUCUGGUCACAAGCCAGCGGCGUAAGACUCAGUGUGCUGCGAAAGAACUCCGCUUCCGCGUCGGCAAGCGGCGUGGGCUGUGACGUUGCCACGCCCUGACGUCAGGCCGACGUGCAGCGCGGUCACCCGGGAGACCGGGAAAGCCGUUGGUGCCGGCGGAGUCCUGGUCUAGGGAUCGAACUCACGACUGCCUGCUUACAAGGCCGGCACUUAUGCCGCUGAGCUAAAUCCCCAGCCCCCUCCAUGUUUUCAAAGACUUUUAUAGGUGCUAUUUUUAAGAUUAUUUUGCUUCAGAGCUCUGUCAAUAUAUUUUGGGAAAUUAUGGAUCGUCACUAUCCCAUGCAUGCUUUACCUGAAGAAAUCCAAGAGAUGUCUCCUGAAGAAAAAGUUUGUAACUACUGUGGAGUCAGCUAUCUAAUUCUUCAUGAAUUUAAAGCUAUGGAAGAAAAAGUGAAAGCAAUGGAAAAAGAGAUGAUAUUUUAUCAAGGAGGUGUGGAACGUGAAAAGAGACUUCAAGAAAAGCUGCUGUCUCUUAGCCAAGAUUUUGAAAAGUACAAAACUGACAAUGAAUCCAAAAAAGAAAGAAUUCCAAAUGUAAGCAUGCAGUUAAAAAAUCAAGAAAAUGAGUUUUAACCAGUACAGAAAGAGCUGAGUUGUUUGCAUGAGUUGAAAAUUAAACACAGAAAAUCACAAAUCUUCAAUCAAAGAUUGUCGGAGUUCAACUAUUUCUGGAAUAAGACUCUUUCAUUGCUUACUUUUAUUAAAAAGGAGCUAACCACUAUUAAAAAUGAAAUAUAUAAUAAUUUUCAGGACUGGACUUCACUGAAAGGAGAAGUUUUUCUACAAAUUAAAUCUAUACGUGAAGCAGCCUUGACAGAAAUAGAUACGUUAAAUAAAAGGUUGACAGUGUCCCAGAGAAGUAAGGAAUGCCUUGAAGAGGAAAUGAAAACUCUCAAGUUGUUGUCAGAUGCAGCAAUAUUGAAAUCUCAGCAGAUUGAGGCAUCCAAACAACAGGAAGGAAACUUGCAAGCCAGAUGCUAUGAUUUGGAAAAAGAAGCACUAGACUUACAAUGCCAAGUAGAGGACCUUACAUUAAAACUCCAGAAGACAGAGACUGAAUUGGACAACUAUAAAGAAACGCUCAGGAUUAAAUCUAAUGAAGCUGAUGACUGUCAAAAAGAACUUAGAAAAUUGAAGUUUGAAUCCAUUAUCUCUGAAUCACGGCACACUAGGUUGCUUAAAGAAAAAGAAGACUCUUUAAUGACUUGUCAACAAAUAUAUAAAACUUUACAGGAAGAGCUGUCUAUAAAAGAAAGGCAAGAAGAAGACAUAAAAAGAAGAAUUCACCUUGCCGAAAAUGAACUGCACAUAACUAAAACUCUCUUGAAUCAGACAAAGGAAGAGGUUGUAACAUUGAAAAAUGAAAGGGAAAUGAUGCUGAUUUCACAUCAGAAAAGCAUUGAGCAGCUGCGGGAAACCCUAAGACAGAAGCUGCUGAACGAUGAUAACUGGAGGGAGAAGAUUGAAGCUGAACUUUCCAAGGAAAGAGCCCGACAUUUAGUUGAGUUCGAAGAGCAAGCUCUUCUCUUUAAGAAAGAAGCAAAACUGGAACUUGAUAUUGAAAAAGAAAAACACCAAGAAAUAAUCCAAAAGUAUAAGAAAGAACAAGAAGAGCUACAAAUGAAGAUAUCUGACUUGAUCACGGGUGCUACAAGAGACCUAAGGCUGGAAGUGACUGCUCUCAAAGAAAAACUUCAUGAAUCCCAUAUCCGCUACACUGAAGAAUCUGAGACAAAGAAAAAAGAAAUUGAAAACCUUAGAAAUUUAGUUGCAGAAUUUGAAUCUCGCUUAGAGAAGGAAAUUAACAAUAAUGAUUCAGUUUCCCAAGACUUGAGGAAGGAGAUGAAACAGAAGUCAGAUGAACUGGAAAGAGUAAUGCUAGCACAAACACGACUGAUACAGCAACUUAACCAGUCUCAGGAAGAGAACUCUGUUCUUCAGGAAACGGUGCGCAGAGAGUGUGAAGAACGCUUUGAGCUGACGGAGGCCUUGAGUCAAGCCAGAGAACAGCUCCUGGAGCUGAGGAAGCUCAACGGGAGCUUGCCCUUGUCACCAUGUACCCCCCGCAAGGGCAGCCUAACUUCCUGUGUCGUAGCAGUCGGCAAUCAUGGAGCGAGAAGCAUUGCGAGACUGGACUCUGAAACAGGAGUCAGAAUCCCCAGCCUGCACAGAACAAGCACCAUCGCUUCCCCAGCCUCACAGAAGCCCAAGAGGGCCAGCAACUCAGGUGUGCCUGUGCUCCCCACACCUCAUCCUCCCAGGGGCCCAGCAUCUUCAGUAAAUGAGACCAGACAGAGAUUGACUGCCAUUCUUCGGAGAAGGCUGAGUCAGGAGUGACUGAGCGGAGUCCAGAGCGGCUCCACAUGGUGUGCACCUCUUUCUGCGAGUGUCAGAGACUCUCUGUCCCCAGGGUGACAAAGAUCAACUACAUCUACAGAUGUACUUAACAGAAGAAUGUAAAGAAAAACUGUGAAGCCACAUUUUCCAAGAAGUCUUUGAAAUUGCAGUAGAUAAUGAAGUUGUAGGUAUCCCGAGGGUCCAUUUCUACAUUUGUGUAUUACAUGCAUUCAGAUGUGUUCUAUGAAUAUACCCUUUUAGAAAUCACAGGUAAAAAGAAUUUCCCUUGUAGCAUCUUUCUUUUUUAUUUUUCGUAUCAUUACAAUCAGAAAUAUUUCUACCAAAAAUAGAUUAUAUUGGUUUAUUAGUGUUUGUCCAUUUGUUUGUUGAGCUAAUUAGGUUAAUAGAUGUAGUAAAUAUUCUGACAGAAAAAAAGAAGAAAAGAUUGUAGUCCUUAAUUUCCAAAAUGCUUAGCUCAGAGAGUCACAGGGCUCAGCAGCCAUAGCAGCAGCAGCAGCAGCAACAGCAGCAAAAGCAUUUUUCUAUUACCUUGCAGCUUGCUUGGUUAAUCUCAUUUCUCUUUAGAAAGGUGGGAAGUAAUGAUAGAAACAUUCAGGACAGGCUUGUUUGAGAGUCUGACCCUUCUACAAAAGAGGGUAGUAUUUUCAAUUCAAAGAAAAAGUGUUUUACUUUUCAAAGUACAAAGAUUGUUUAGCAAACAGAGUCUGACCAUGGAAAUAUUACUUGGUAAUUCUUUACCAGAAAAUAUGGGGUUUUUGUAACUUUGAGUUGGAUUCUCUCCAUCUAACGAGUAUAUUUUUGUUUAAAUGUGGUUGGCUUAGAUCCUCCAGCUGACUGCAUCGUGCAGAUCCAUGCCUAUUUUUGGAUAAUAGUUACACAUCUGAAAUAUGAUACAGAAAACUCUAUUUAUCUAUCCUAUUGAUGAGAAAAUCCAAAGCUACUUGAGGUCCUCCCAUGUGAAAAAAGUAAAAUUAUUAAGCAAAAGUCAAGUUUAUCUCUAAUCUUUCAAAGGAUAGUCUACCAGGGAAAUAAUGUAAUUUCAAAAAAUUCUACAUGAAAUCCACUGAUUUUCCUGACAAGCUUAAGGAAGACAUCUUGUGUUAAUGGUUAGAAUGCCUAUUUUGUUUUACAGAGAAUGUUGUCUCUUGUAAUGGCCUUUAACAAGAAUUCACACAUUAUAGAAUAGUAGAUGGUACUGGAUGGAUCUUACAUGGUCACACUAGCCAUCUCUUUAACAAUGAGGAAUGGCCCUCCUAAAGGACAUGACUUGGCUAAAGUGACACAACCACCUUCACUUGGUCCCAGUUUUCCCUCUUCACUACGCGUUCCCAAGCUUCCAUCAUGAUUUUUGCCAAUGCAACCUACACUGUAUUAAUAUUUUAAAGUGUACUCACUUUUAAAACUUAAAUUUGUAUAAGAAGGAAGAGUGAAUCAAGGAAAAAUAAUAAAGAGUUCAAUUUGCUAGUUAUAGCUUGGGAAUGCUCUUUGAAAUGAAUAUUCAUGUAUUAAAAUAAUGCAUAUACCAUAAAUUGCUGCACCCCCGAAAAUUGUCUUGUAUAAUUUCAGCAGAAGACCACUGCCCUGCACCUCCUCGUCUCUGAUCUGAUGUUUAAAUUACAAGUACUUCUCACAUAAAGUAGAUGGCAAAAGCUAAUGAAAGCAUAGGAGAAAACCUUUGGCAGCAGUGUUUGUUAGCAGGUUAGACAUACUUUUCUCAGUCUUGUGAUUUCAGCUGUCCUUUCAGGAACUAGGGGAAUGUAAUAAUAUUCUUCAUUUUUCCAAAAUUAUAGAUUUAUUCUGAUAUAUUCUUAAUUUCUUUGAUCAUGGAGCAAAUUUUUUCAAGCUUUGCCUUUUAAAAUUUUAUGACUAUUAGAAUAUUGUACUAAUAGAACAACCUGAUGUUCUAAAAGGCUUAACACACUGCUGCUAAAAGGUCCAAACUGUGGCUGUCAGGGUGAAGUUUCAACUUGGCUGGCUUUGAGAUCUGCAUCGUGGACUGGCACCUCUGACGGCCUCUCAGUGGAUCAUGGGGGAGGGCCUUGGGGGCUGUGUCUGGCUUCUCUCUCUGUUCCUCUGCUCUGCUUCCUGGCUGUCAUGAAAACAUUUUGUUCUCCAGCACCCUUAUCCCAUGAUGUUUCUGCCUGGGAACCAGUUGACUGACCUUCUGAAGCUAAGCUAAAUUAAACCUGUCCUCCUUUAAAUUA